AGGAAUGGGAGAAGGAGGCGGAGAAGUCCAGAGAGAAGGAAGGAAGGAAGGAAAGAAGAGGGGAGGAAAAAAGGAAGGUCCUCUCUUUCCUUUGAGGCUUGGAGGAAAUUUCGCUUUGCAGGAAAAGGGCUGAGCCACGAGAGGAGCACACUCUUUCUCUCCUGGAUGUAGACCUGAUCUGGCUCAGGGCCUUUCUCGAUUUCCAAAGGAAACCACCAACUCCAAGUUGUCCCACGAAAGGGGCCAUUGCCUCACUUCUUCCACGUUUCUACCAAGACAAAGAAACCUAUUUUGCCAGGAAUCUCAGGAACCUAGAGGACCAUCGCUUGCUGCCUCCUUUUGUGUGCAAAGAAGCCCAUGUUGGAACAAUGAAGGAGCCAGAACCUUCAACCCCAGAAGCAGAAGUUUGCAAUAUCCUCGAGGUGGAAAAUGUGGCCAAACUACCCAAGGGAGAGAUAUUGCAAAGUGGCAAAUGGGAACCUUUCAGAACCGGGGAACGACACUGGAAAAGCCGUGAGCUUUUGGUGACCCAGCAACCAAUUCUCCCAGUGAUAGGAGAGAUGCCCCCCUGGGAUGACACCAAGGCUUUCCUGGCCUCCUUCGAGCAAGUGGCCCAAAGCUGCCAAUGGCCAAAGGAAGUGUGGGCAAGCCGGCUUUUGCCCGCAUUGAAUGGGGAAGCAAAGCAGGCCUUUCAGAGCCUGAAUGGCAGCGACAGGCAGGAUUACGGGAAAGUGAAGGCGGCGAUCUUGAGAGCGGAGGCCCAAAGAGUGGAAGCACAGCGCCAACACUUCCGGCACUUCCGCUGCCAGAGGGUUGAAGACCCUCAAACGAUUUACAGCCAAGUCCAGGAGCUUUGCUGUCGGUGGCUGAAGCCGGAGAGGCGCAGCAAGGAGCAGAUUGUGGAGCUGCUCAUCCUGGAGCAAUUCCUGGCCAGUCUUCCCCAAGAUUUGCAAGGAUGCAUCCGAGACGGAGGACCAGAGACCUGCUCCCAGGCUGUGGCCUUAGUGGAGGACUUCUUGACAUCAGAGGGAACAUUUUCUCUGUUUCAGAGGCCUUUGAAGGAGGAGGACACAGAGACGCUGGAUUCAGACGAGCAACCAUUGAGUGAGGCAGAGGAGGAGAUCACAGAAGAAACCCCUAAAAACUGUGACAUGGAAGAGGAGCUGCUUGGCAGUGCAAACAAGCAGCCAGGUCUCCCAGGUUCAACACUUAUCGAAGGACAGGAAGUGAUGGAAACGGGGCCAAAAGAGAGCUCUGUGAACCCCAACAAAGCAAGAGGUGUGACGUCGCAUGCCGUGUUGCCGGCUGUGGCUCGGCCCAAGCCACUGAUCACCUUCUGGCAAGUCCAGCAGGAGAACUGGGGGAAUGUCAUUGGUUUGGGCGAUGGGAAGGAAACUCGGAACAAGACAGUGAAUCCCCGGCUGGAAAGAAACAAACCAGGGGAGGCUCUGAGAGCAGCCCUGUUAGAAAACCUAGGGAAUGUGACGGUGAAGAAGGAGGGCGAAGAAGAAAGAUGUGAACUGGAACAACAAAGCAAGCAGUCUUUGGAGAUUAAGACUGAAUGGAUGGAGCUCUCCGAAAUGCAUACAGCCACCUCGUCUCCAGACAAGGAGCAAUUGCCCUUGUUCUCCAAAUACGGUCGAAAGUAUCGCUAUGUGCCGGAAUUCGAUGGGAUCCUUGCUGACGAAGCCCGCCACAGCCCUCCUGCGUCAGAGGGAAUCGUCCAACGAAACGAAGCUCAUCCAACCUUAAGAGGAGAGAGAAGGCCCAGCCUCACUGAAUAUGAGGGGAGUGACGGCGUGCAAACACAGUUUUGGACUCAAGCUGAAGAGAUGGGUACUAGAUCCGAUGGGUUUGGGGUGAACUUCGGUUUCUCGGAACCGCUCCAGCACGACCCAGGAAUCCAGAGCAAAGUGAAGCCGUUCCAGUGUUGGCAGUGCGGGAAGCACUUCAAAAACAGGGACUCUGCGAACCGGCACGGGAUUGUUCACACCGAAGACAAGCCGUUCGGGUGUCCGCACUGCGACAAAUUCUUCCGCUUCAAAAGAGAUUUCAACCGGCAUCAAGUCACCCAUACGCGAGUGAAGCCUUACAGGUGCCCCGAAUGUGGCAAAUGGUAUUCCCGAAAGGAUUCCUUGGCUAUCCAUCGGAGGUCUCACCAAAAAUGGUCGCCGUUUGACACCACAUCAAGAGACCUGGCCAUGAAGGAAGGAAAUCUAUUGUCGGCCGGAAAAGCUUCCCAUGACUAUAUGGCGGAAAAAACAGAUUCAGGGGGAUUACGGGGGGAUACGUGGAAACCGUCGAAGGGGGUCCAGCAACGUUGGGAAGGCCAAUGGCAGGAGUUCAUGAAGACGACGCAACCCAUUCCGACAACAUGGGAGACCCCAGAAAGCACCCACUGGGAGGACGCCAAGGCCUUCCUGGCCUCCUACGAGCAAGUGGCCAAAGCCUGUCGGUGGCCAAAGGAAGAGUGGGCAGCCCAACUUUUGCCCGCGUUGAGCGGAGAAGCAGAGCAAGCCUUUCGGAGCCUGGAAUCUGCUGAUAAGGAGGAUUAUGGGAAAGUGAAGGUGGCCAUCUUGAGAGCAGAUGCCCUGAAAACAGAGGCACAGCGCCAACACUUCCGGCGGUUCUGCUGCCAGGAGGUUGAGGAUCCGCGAAGGGUUUACGCUCAACUCCAAGAGCUUUGCAGUCGGUGGCUGAAGCCAGAGAGACGCAGCAAGGAGCAGAUCCUGGAGCUGCUCGUUCUGGAGCAAUUCCUGGCCAGUCUUCCCCAAGACCUCAAAGUCUGGAUCCGAGACAGAGGACCUGAUACAUGUUUCCAAGCUAUGGUCCUGGCAGAGGACUUCCUCGUGAGGCAGGAAAAGGAGGCAGAGAGAGCGACACGGCAGGGUCCGAUGAAGGAGGAACGUUUGUGUUUCCUGGAUCCAGAGGAGGAACCCUCGGACUCCGCAGAGGGACAGAUCUGUGAAGAAACCCAGAAAGGCUGUGGAACCAAAUGGCCAAGUCAUUGUAAUUCAGCAUUUCUGGCUGAAGAGCAACAGAUGGGUCAAACUAGCCUAAGAGAGGGACCAGGAAACCUCUGGGAAACCAGCUUGUCUUUGCAAGUAGUCAAACGGAGCCUGACGCAGCCAGGCCAAGAGACCAUGGUCUGGCGAGUCUUGCAAGAGGAAGACGCAGAAAUAAACACUUUAGGGAAAAGUGGUUGCGUCAAGACGGAGGAUGUUCUAACUGAGGAAAAUGAGCCAGUAGAUAAUGCCACAACAGUCUCAAAGGGCAGCCAAGGGAAUGUGAUCGAGACAACAAAGAUAGUCCAAGAAGGAUUCAGAUCUGAUGAAGAACUGGGGACUGAGGGAUGCCGUGGGCUGACUCCAGAUCUUAUAGCUGCAGCUAGUCAUCCUUCCAAAGUUUACAGAUGGGAUAAAAUCCCCUCCCAGAGGAGAAACUAUAGCUAUACAUCAAAAUGUAACGUGUUUUCUACCAAGCAGGACCAUGAGGAACAUCCCAGGUCAGAAGAGACCUUCCCACAAAAUUCAUGGUUUGGGAAACAUCAGAGAAAGUUAGCAGAACAACAUCAAUCUGAAUUGUUGGAGCAUAGAAAAGGAGAUUAUUCGAACACAUAUCGGAGUAACCGUCUAGAAAUGGAACCGAGUAACUAUUCAGAAACGGAACCGAGUAACUAUACAGAAACGGAACCGAGUAACUAUAGAGAAACGGAACCGAGUAACUAUCCAGAAACGGAACCGAGUAACUAUCCAGAAACGGAACCGAGUAACCAUACAGAAAUGGAACCGAGUAACUAUACAGAAAUGGAACCGAGUAACCAUACAGAAAUGGAACUGAAUUACUUUCCUGUGUUUGGGGGGAGUGUUCGUUAUACAAAGCAAAACGAAGGGAUUUUCGGUCAAAGGAGAAUAUACGAUUGUUCUCGAUGUGGGAAGAGCUUUAGUAAGAAAGACCGUUGGAUAAAUCACCAACAGCUUCAUACCGGCGAGAAACGCUACGCGUGCCAUGAGUGUGGGAAACGCUUUGCUUCUAAAGAAGUCUUAACCAGGCAUCGAAGAGUUCACACCGGAGAGAAACCCCACAAAUGCUCCCAGUGUGAGAAGUGUUUCAGCCAGAGGGGAGACCUCAAAAGACACCAGAGAACCCACACUGCCGAGAAACCGUUCCAGUGUGCUCAGUGUGAGAAAUGCUUUAGUCGGAAGGAACUCCUGCAGAAGCAUCUGCGGAUCCAUUCCGGCGAGCGGCCGUACCAAUGCCCCCAUUGCCAGAAACGCUUCCAUCAGUGCGGGGAUUUGAAGAGGCACAGAAGAAUCCACACCGGAGAGAAACCUUUCGAAUGCCCCGACUGCGGGAAAAGCUUCGGCCGGAGAGAACACUUAAAGGGGCACCAAAGGAUCCAUACGGGAGAGAAACCGUACCCGUGCCUCGACUGUGGGAAAAACUUUUCUCAGAGAGCGGUGUUGCUCAAACACCAGGCAACCCAUUGGAGAAAUACCCUGUGAAAGUCAAAUACGCUGUCGAUUUUUAAAUUCAGAAAUAUACAGUGAUCCAGCAUGAUCCAUACUGAGAAAUUCAGCCCUGAGGAUUCGGCAACCACCUUCUCUAGAAAGCCUUUUUGUUCCCAGUGCAUCAACACUGCAGAAUUAUGACUCCAUACUGCAGAACCCUCCGGUUUGUGGUGUAUCUUACUUACUUAGGCGAUUCUUGAUUGCCCAAGGAUGAUGGCUCCUCCAAGUGUAGUGUCUUGGCAGUGGGUCUGUAGGUGGCUGCGGAGUCCUAUUCUUGAUCCAUGUGUUCUCCUGCAGUGAGAACAUUGGUUUCCAGAUGGUCAGGGUUGACUUGACACACCUUCCUCUUGGCAUGCUUCUCCUUUCCCCCUCAAUUCGUGCCUCUUCAGAUUCUGCAGCACUGCUGGUCACAGCUGACCUCCAGGGCUUCCCAGUUCUUGUGUCUAUGCCACAGUGUUUAAGGUUGGCUUUGGAGCUCUGAGGCCACACCAAACUACAAAUGCAAAGAUGUCAAGAGGUACAACCAUGGCAGCAGAAAUAGUAUCAGGCUGCUAUAAUUCUGCAGUUUGGCUAAUCCUGGAGAUAUAAUGCAGUUUGAUACCACUCUCUCUGUCAUGGCUAUAGUUUUAACAGCCUGUUUAGCCUUAUCUGCUCAGGAUUCCAUAGCCUUGGGCCAUGACAGUUCAAGCAGUGUAGAUCAGGCAUGGGCAAACUUUGGCCCUCCAGGUGUUUUGGACUCCAACUCCCACAAUUCCUAACAGCCUCAGGCCCUUUCCUUUUAAGCAGC